AUGGCCGCCAAACAGUACCGCCGGAGCUCGCCUUCCGCAGAUGCGCAUUUGUCUCCUAAUAAAUCUAUUCCAUCUCCAUCCCCAAGUGGUUUAUCUCGCCCCAUCACCUCUUGCUUACCAUGCCGUCAUCGCAAAGUCAAAUGCGACCGUCGCCAACGGCAAUGUUUAGUGUGUGAGCGAGGCGGUCAUGCCUGCUCGUAUGUAUCAAAGCCACAAUCGCCGGCUUCGCCCCUAGAGUCGAAUCGCAUAGUCAAAGCCAGCCGCAACAGUGGCUCCAGGUUGUCUUCGUCGACACUGGCUCGAAUUAAUCCCGGUCUGCAGCGACUGGCCAAAUUCAUGGAGCAAGCGAAAGCAUAUGAGGCAUCCUCAUCGCACAGUCCCUCCUCGUCGUCUCCGGACUCCUUCUCGUCUACAUCGACAACGCAACCGACACCAGCAGCCAACACUUCCGCCCCUCCCCACAAUCCGCGAUCGGAGGAAGAUGCCCUCAUCCUGGAUAACGGAGUCCCCCACUUUGUUUCCGGCAAACACUGGGCCUGGAUGGCAGCAGAGCUCCAAGACAUCCAAUCAGUUCUCACGGAAUCUCAAAAGUCCUCUUCUCCGGAAGGGACACUUGACGAUGUUAUUUGGGAGGCCGAUUCACCUGCCAAGGCAUCAUUUAGUAACAUUAGCAACAACUUCUGGCCUGAUACCCGGGAAGAUUGUUACUUGCUGUUGAAUGUGUACCUGGCCAAUGUCGACCCGAUAGUUCGCAUUAUCCACCGGCCAAGCUUGGCCCGUCGCUUUGACGCCUUCGUGCGCUCUCAAUAUCCUGACAGUCGAGAUUACACACCGACCCAAGGGGGAGACAGCAACGGCGGUACGAGCUGCGGUCCGACAAAGAUUGACGCCUUCCAACCACUGGUCAUGUCUAUCUUCUACGCGGCUGUCAACAGUAUAAAGGAUACAGACGUAGCCACCAUGUUCGGUAUGGACAAAGUCUCUCUUCUGAAUCGGUAUCGGAUGGGAACAGAGAUGCUUCUCAAGCGCCAAAAAUUUAUGACCUCGAGGAUCUUUGAGGUUCUGCAGGCAUUUGUGAUAUUAUUGACUGCGCAAUACAGAGAAGAUGACAUGGGCAAAGUGUGGCCAUUGACAGGCCUGGCCAUUCGGAUUGCAAUGCUUCAGGGACUCCACAGGGACCCCCUAGCCCUACCACUCGGAACGAUCGACGUCGUACAGGUGGAGCUGCGCCGUCGCCUGUGGGCUCAGAUCUGCUAUCUGGAUUUCCGGACUGCGGAAGAUCACGGAUUCGCGCCGUCAAUCCACGCAUCGGACUUCGAUACGCGUCGGCCCGUCAGUCUGGACGAUGUGGAUCUGAUUGAAGGCGUGGCCCCCUUGGCCGGGCUCUCUGAUGCCUCUAAAUUCACCGAUAUGACCAUCUACCUUCUGCGCAUCACAGCCGCCGGUUACUACGGGCACAUCAUCCAGAUAACGCAUGCAUCACGCAAGCGUUUGCGUAACGGCUUGAAUGGUUCGGUUAUUGACGAGUCCCAAUCUUUGGUGAAGCUACAAGAACUGUUGCAGACCGCCACUGGGCUUGCAGAUCCCACGACAGAAUCGCGAGAAAAUUAUAAGUCCUGCUAUGAGACGAAAUCCCGAAUUUCGGAAGCCUGGAUGGAGGAUCUUCGCCAGCGUGGGCUUCAACUCGCCAAUGCCAUCUACGACCUGCGCGGCCAUCAUACCACGGGCGCCUGGCCUGCAAUCAUGUGGCUGGUAAAUCGUAUUCGAUUCCAGCAGGAUCCGGCGGAAGAUUCAAGGCCUCUGAUGGCUGCUGGCGCUGUUGUCGGCGGUAAUGGUGGUACUGGGCCUGGUGGUCCGUCGGAUACCCAGCCCUCGAUUAUGAGACCGGCUGGUCCUGCCGGUGCUGGGGGUGUUGAUGAUGCUCCGCCAGUGGGCCCGGCAGGGUUGGAAUUUGACACCGGAGAUCUCAUGGGGCUGAUCGAUCUAGAAGACUUUGAUUUCUCGGAUUUCAUUGUAAUGGAUGGGAUGGGGUUGCCGGGGCUUUCGCGGUGA